UAAGUGUGUAAUUCUCGUUUUAUACGGCAUAAUCAUGGACAUGCGCGUUUUGAUGAGGUUUACAGAAACUGCUUUAACAAACAAAGAUUUCGUUUAACGAAAGUAACGAAACUGUCACGACUUUAUCGGCUCCAGAAAGUCUGUGAACUGUUUCUCUAUGAGUCAUUUACGUUUCAUGUAUUUCUACUUUCCUGUCCUGACCUUAGUGUACUUUACAUAUGUUCUUGGUUAUUCUUGUCAUUGUGAAACUGAAACCAAAGAGAUUAGAUUAGAGUUGUAUUAUUAAUAUCAGCAUGCAACACAGUAUUCUCACAGUUCUUAAUGUCUAUAAUGAAGAAUCAUUCAAACACCAUGCUUGUAUAUCGGAUAAAUGAUUGCAUACACUAUCACAUUUGAAAUUACUGCAUUUCUGAAUACUUUUAAAAAAUGAAUUAAACUCUACAAAUUCAUUUAUAGUAAAAGUCUGCCCAAAACAAUAAUUCAAACAAUAAGUCAGGGAUGUGAUUUGUCUGCCGAAUUCCGCAGAUCGGGUUGUCCAGUGUCAUUUCCACAAUUCAAGUAAAUUAAAAAAAAUGGGUGAAAGUACGACUGAAUCUGCGGGUGUUUUUCAUAAGCGGCACGUAAAAUCAGCGGCCUGUGAAACCUAUCCGCAUUUCACACUGGUAUUCUGUUAUAGCAUAUUUUCAGAUGAGCGAUAUCAUUGGCUUUCGUUUCCCUUACUUUCAAUUAAAAUUGGUCUUUGUAAAUGUGUUUCAUAUUUCGAUUGCAAAUGGCGCCUUUGUGAAGCAUAAAUGAAGACGAACAAACGAAUCUCACAAAAUCUCGGAGAUUUAGCAAUUAUUGAACAAAAAAUUAAAUGGGAAAGGAAAGAAACAACAGUGGAUAUAAAUCAGAAAGCGAUUGCAUAUUCUGAAUGGGUAUGGAAGAUCGACUGUCUUGAUUGCUGACAUUUGGCAGUGAUUGAUGGACAAGACAGCAUUGUGGAAACUAAAAAUCUGCAGUUGAAUUAAGUUCUUCAAACAGAUCUACUUGAAACCAUUUUGUGAAAUUUGUCUUAUAUAUAUAUUUAUAAAUAUAUAUUUGUAUUGAUUUUAAGUAGAAGUUUGUUGAAAUUUGAACAUGAUUAUUUCACAUGAUUACUGAUUGGUAAAUCUUAAAUAUAAAAAAGUAAUUCUGUGCCAUAAAGAUAUACAUUGGCAACAGUGAAACACCCACUUAUGAAUAUGUUCAGACUGUAAUGUUUAGCAGUGGAAGUGGAAGUGAACAUUCUCUGAUUAUUACCCAUAAUCAGAAAGAAACUUCAAAGUAUCUUAAAAUGAGUCACGGAGCACCAACAAGUGCUGAUGCUUGCCUAAGCAUUGUGCAUAGUUUGAUGUGCCACCGACAGGGUGGGGAGAGUGAAUCGUUUGCAAAGCGGGCAAUCGAGUCACUUGUGAAAAAACUCAAGGAAAAGCGAGAUGAACUGGACAGCUUGAUCACGGCAAUAACCACGAGUGGGGCACAUCCCUCCAAGUGUGUCACCAUCCAGAGGACUCUAGAUGGACGCCUGCAGGUGGCAGGCAGAAAGGGGUUCCCUCAUGUCAUCUAUUCACGUAUCUGGCGCUGGCCUGAUCUGCACAAAAAUGAGCUGAAACAUGUGAAGUACUGCCAGUAUGCUUUUGAUCUUAAACAAGAUAGUGUGUGUAUCAAUCCAUACCACUACGAAAGGGUGGUUUCACCAGGCAUAGAUCUGUCUGGUCUUACUAUUCAGCAUGCAGCGCCACCUUCAAGGCUUGUAAAAGACGAAUAUGGGAAUGAGAUAGGCGGUACCUCCUCAGUGCUAGAAAGUGGAACUUCUGGUGACUUGUCGCAGACUGUACAACACCCCCCUGUGGAUGGCUUUAGUAGAAUCUCCAGCAUAGGUGGUCAGCCUUCCUCUGGGUCAGUUGGCCCAAGUGGCCAAAUAUCUGACCCGCGGUCAUCUGCUGGCAUCUUGACCAACCCAAUGACCUCCAUGUCCAUAGCAGCCAGUGGAAACAGGAUAAGUUCCAGUGGUAUGUCUAUGGCCAUGUCACCCCAAAGUUUUGGUUCCGGCUUACCCAAUUCACAGCCUAUGACACCUUUUUCAAACAGAGUCCCUUCUACCAGCUGGGACGGCGAGGUUGCUUCAUUUACUCAGAAACACGAAAGCCAGCAACACUACUGGUCUUCACAGCAAAUCCAGAGCCCUGAGGCGCCAUUACCUCCCUUGACAAAUCAAUCUGCCCCAGAGUUCUGGUGUACUCUAACCUACUUUGAGCUGGAUCAGCAGGUGGGUGAGACGUUCAAAGUGCCCUACAGUUGCAGCACGGUGACUGCUGACGGGUACACAGACCCCUCCAGUAUCGACCGGUUCUGUCUGGGACAGCUCUCCAAUGUUCACCGGUCACAGCCUAGUGAGCGCGCCAGGCUACACAUCGGUAAAGGUGUCCAAUUGGACUAUAGGGGUGAGGGUGACGUCUGGAUACGGUGUGUCAGUGACCACAGUGUGUUCGUCCAAUCGUAUUAUCUGGACCGGGAGGCUGGGCGGGCACCGGGCGAUGCCGUACACAAGAUUUAUCCCAGCGCUUAUAUCAAGGUGUUUGACAUCCGUCAGUGUCAUCGUCAGAUGCAGCAGCAAGCCGCCACUGCGCAGGCUGCAGCAGCUGCGCAGGCUGCUGCAGUAGCAGGAACAGUACCUGGCCCUGCAUCAGUGGGAGGGAUAGCACCGGCAGUGGGGCUAAGUGCUGCGGCAGGUAUUGGUGUAGAUGAUCUUAGACGACUCUGUAUUCUCCGCCUCAGCUUUGUGAAAGGUUGGGGACCCGACUACCCCAGGCACAGCAUCAAAGAGACACCUUGUUGGAUUGAGGUGCAGUUACAUCGACCGUUACAGCUCCUGGAUGAAGUACUGCAGGCUAUGCCCUUGAACGAAAGUCGCUUCAACCGCGGUUACUUCCUCGGUUAAAAUGAUGUGAAGGCUUUACAAUUUUAAAGGGGCAAAAUGUGCAAACUUUUGUGGUAAAGAUACGGAAUAAGCAGUACCGGUAGUUAAAAAAAGAUGAUGUGGACACUUUCGUGUUUAACACAUGGGCAAUUUUGAAAUAAAGAUAUAAGUGGUUAUAUCUGUGGUUAACAGGGGGCCAGUGAGGUUAUGUACGGUAAAAUGUGGAAUGUGUGUAAAGUUUCACAGUUAAUGCGCAGAAAGUAUGGAAUCUUUCUUGGCUAAAACGUGGAACGUGUGGAAACUUCAGUGGGUAAAUGGGAAAAAUGAGCUUAUUUCCUAUUCUAAAAUAUGGUACAUUGAAAUAGGAAAAAGUUGUCAUUUUCUUGGUUUACACGUAGGAUAUUGUUGUGGGAUUAUGUUGACCGAGUUAACUGUGGUUGACUACAAAAGUGUUAACUGUAGUGUGGACUUAUAAUAAAUGAUUUCUGAAAACUGUAAAAAAGAUGGAGUAGACUUUAAAAAGUUUAUUAGUUUAGGGUUGACUCUCAAAUUUAUUAAUAUAGGGUUGACCCUAAAAACAUGUACAACUUAUGAGUUGGCUCUUAAAAUAUGUAAAAUGUUGAUUUUACUCAAAAAUGAUGUAAGAUUUAGUGUUGACUCUAAAAAUUUGUACAUGUAAGGUUGUCUCUAAAACACUUUAAAAAAGGGUUGACUCUAAAAAUAUUUAAAAUCUAGGAUUGACUCUAAAAACAUUUAUAAUGUAAUAUUCACUCUUAAAAUGUUUAAACUGCCACUGGGAUUCAACUACAAAGGGAAAUUGUUAUGUGAAACGAUUUUGACACUUUGUUUAAAUGUGAACCAUACUGAAUUCCAGUUAAAAUUGCAUUUGUAUUUUUGCUUGAUUAAAUAGAAUUGUUAGUUGAUUUUUUUGGAACUGCCUUUUGAUUAAUUUGAAUAACUCGUGUUUUAAGGUAAUAUGUACACUAAUUUCUAUGAUGAUAAUUUUAUAAAAAUCUAUGUUGUACCAAAAGCUGAAUUUCCGUCAACAUUAAUAGUUUAUUUACAACUACAUUAACCUACUGAGACUAAAUUAAAAACAAACUAUUAACAUUAUGCUUUUUACAAAAUAUGCAUUUUGAAUCUGCAUUUAUGAAAGUUCUUUGGCCUACAUUAAACAUUGCAUGUUGUGUACUCGUACAUGUUGCAUAUUGCAUGUGAUGUACUCGUACAUGUUGCAUAAGUUGUAAAGCUUGAUCAGCAGUGUGUGUGUGGAAAUCCAGUUCAUUUACUUGCACAAGAGACUUGUAAAAUGGGAACAAAAAAAACAAGAAGAUAGUUAACAAUAAUUUUUCUAUAAUUUUUCUAGCCAUGCAUGCCAAUAUUCUGGUGAUCUUUCCUGAUCUGACAAUAAUUUUUCUAUAAUUUUUCUAGCCAUGCAUGCCAAUAUUCUGGUUAUCUUUCCUGAUCUGCAUACUUUCAACUUAAUCAAACCACUGGGGUGAUAAGUUUUCAGCAUUAAUUUCAGAAGUUAGUAUCAUACAGAAAAUUUAGUUACACCUGAGAGUUCAGCAUUUUACAAACCAGCUGUCAUUAUUUCAAAAUUCUGUAGUUGGGUUUUAACCAAUGUAAAUUUUUGGGACUCAAAGUUGUACACAUACAUAUUUACUUCGAGUAAAUAUCAGCCCAUUGGUGCAAAAAGGUACCAAAUGACAUUGGAAUAAAUAGGCAUAUGGUACCUUUUUGCACUAAUGGGGAGAUUAUUAUAUUCAUUAUUUAUUGUUUGUUUUUUUAACACAUGAAUAUAAUGCAAAUAAUAAAUACUCACAUAAAUAUAGAAAAAAUUCAAAUAAAAUAGAUAAAUCUCAAAUUUGUGUGUUACAACUUUUUAAAAUUAAAUAUACAUAUUAUACUUGGGACUUUUCGGUUGCAAACUCUAAUGUUAAUAAUACAGAUUAAUAGCUAAAUAAUUGUUUGUUUGUUAUUGAUUUAUUUCUGUGUCAUUUGUAUAAAACAUGUUUUUAGUAAAAAAAUUAAACGUUUCCGCAUUUUGUACAACAAAUUUCUGUGUGUGUCCACUAUGUUGUAGUUGAUAUAUGCACUAUUUUCAAGUUUAUUGAAUUUUAAGUAAAACAAUAAUGAUAUAAUCAUGAUAAAAGAAUGUGUAAGAGAAUUGUAAAUUUCAUUAUUAUCAUCAUCAUUUUUACUAUCAUCAUCUUUGUAAUUGUCAUCAUUAUCAAAAUCAUUUUGUUAUCAUCAUCAUCAUUUUUAUCACUAUUGACAUUAUCAAUAUUAUCAUCAUAAUCAUUGUCAUUGUUAUUAUGCUUUUCACCUUCAUAAAACAUGUUCAAAGAUAAAUGUUUGUCAGGUUGUUUUUUUUUGCAUUGAUUUUAACAUUAAUGUUUUUUUCACUGUUUUUUUGUGUGAUUAUGAUAAUUAUACAUUAUUAUACAUUUUGAUAUAUACAUUAUGAUUCAUUAUGACAAUGUAAGACAUUUUUUCUUCCAGUGUCAUCAUCAUCAUCAUCAUCAUUAUCAUCAUCACUAGCAGCAUCAUUAUUUUCAUGAUCCUGUUGAGUGAUGACAUGGUCAUGAGUAUCCACCAUCAUCACCAAUGGAAGUAUCUAUAUACAUGUAGUGCACAGUGUUGUGUAUUAUACAAAGGUCAAUGAAUAUUUAGAGAAAAAUUCUUUCUAUAAAAAAAAUUGUAUUGUACUUGUGUGAUGAGUCAGUCUUCCAUAUAUCACUGUCCUUUAACGGUCUAAAUGCCCUGACAUCAUGGAAACAAAGAAUGCUGAUAAGCUCUUCUGGCUUUAAAUUCAUGUUUUAAGCCACAAUCCCCUCUCAGCAUAAGUACAAAGAAGGAUGAUUAACAGUUCUGCCUCUUGACUCAUGGAUAGUUGCCAAAAUGAUUUAUCAGCAUAUAUAAAAUUAUAAGCACAUGUUGCUUCAAUGGAACAAUUUAUUACUAAAGUGCUACGCUUGAACAAUAUGUAAGAUAAAUAAAAAAUAUGGGCAACUGGUUUUUGCUAUUUUAUAGCAAAUUUUGUCUUUGGAGGCUAACAGGACAGAUUUAUGUUAAUACAUUAACACCACAUUUACUCAAUAAUUGUAACAUUUUUUUGAAAAUAGUUUCAUGUUAUUCAAUAAAAAAAACGGAAUGUAUUGUAAGGAUGUUGUGCUAUUUAUAAAACAUUUGCUAUGUUUUUGAAAGCCAAAGUGUGAUUUUUUUCUGCAAGGGUUGCAUCUUUAUAAGACUUUUAUACUGUAAAUUAUUUAACUGAAAUUGUUGUUAUGUAACAGAUUAAAAUUCAUGAGUAAGCAAUUCUUUAAUUGCACUGUAAUUAUCAAAUAAAUUGUAAAUAACAUUGUAAUCAAUAAUUUAACAAUUAUUUUCAGUUGUUAUGUGUGAAAAAGUUUUGUUUUGAAAUGUUUUAUGUAAGAAAAUAAUUUUAUGUUCUGAGAUUCUGGGUGUGAAUUAUUGUUAAAAUAUUCUGUAUCAAACAUUUGAUUGUCAUUUCCUUAAGAAAACUCCUGUCUUGAAACAAAAAUAAUGUUGAUGUUCUAGAAGAAAAUGUGUGUUUUCGUCACAUUAUAACUUGAUCUCAAACUGUUUUACAUGAUAGGUGCUUGUAGGAUUUUGGUUGCUGAGCAACAAAUAGUUUUAUCAAAUGAGGCUGAUUUGUGGUUUUCUUUGUUUAAAGAAACUGUUUACAAAAGUUAUUUUUGUUGAAAUAGAAGGACGAUUUGUUUUAUGGUAACUGUUAAUUGUGUCAAUACAAACAUUUCAUAAUUUGCAAAUUUUUGAAUUUGAAUAAGAGAAAGAUUUGGUUUCCGAAACAAGAAAUGAUUUAUUUUGCAAUUGUUCUCAAUAUGUAAGCUGUUUUAAUCUGGGAUAAGAAACAAUUUUGUAUGAAAAAUAUUUUGUACUUUAUUUCCAUCCAAAUAUGGAUAGAAGUCUUUUUAUUAGCGAGGCUGUUUUCAGAGAAAACUUCAGCUAUUGUCAUAGCCAGCUCGUCGUCUGCCGUCCAACGUAGGCGUCGUGCUAAAACCUUAAUAUUGGCCAUAACUUUUUAAAUAUUGAAGAUAGCACUUUGAUAUUUGGCAUGCAUGUGUAUCUCAUGGAGCUGCACAUUUUGAGUGGUAAAAUUGCAAGGUGAACAUCAUCCUUCAAGGUCUAGGGUCGAAAAAACAAAGUCAAGGGAAGUAAUAAGCUUUAAAUGGACAUAGUUAUCUGACCUGCCCACAUAUAUAUUUUUGUUAAAUAAAUCAAAGCGGCGCAGUAGGCGGCAUUGUGUUUCUGACAAACACAUUGUGGUAAAAGGUCAAGGUCAUCCUUUACGGUCUACGGUAAAAAUUACCAAUUUAAGGGAAGUAAUAAGCUUUAAAAAGGGAAAUAAUUAUUCAAUAUUGAACAUAGCCACUUUAUAUAUUUGGCAUGCAUGUGUAUCUCAUGGAGCUGCACAUUUCGAGUAGUCAAUCACAGUCACGGUAGUGACCUUUAAUUAUCUGCUACUAAAAAAGAGAUUUGUUAGAGAAAAUUAUUUUCAAGGGAAGUAAUUUAUAUAAUUAUAAAAUCUCAUAUUAUAUAUUUCCUUACCAAGAAUUGAAGUUCUUUUCACAGUUACUGUACAGAUUUAUUAUUUUGAUUAUUUAUAACUCAAAUGAUUGAUUUGUCAAAGUUUUUUUUUAAUGAUAUAAUUAUAAUUUCUUUGAUGUUCAUUACAUACCUGUGGACUUAUGUCCAUAGAUACAUGAUGAACUCUGGCUAUGAUCUCUUUUAAACCACAGGCCUUGGUUGUCAGUGAUGUCUGACAUGGUCAUAAAUGACUGUGAGACUCCCCCUCUCCCAGUUGGAUUGGACAAAAUUGAAGGGAAGUAAUAAGCUUUAAAGGGAGAUUAUUUCUAUACCUGCCAAAUGAUAAAUAGCAAUUUUAUUUCAAAGCGGUGCAAUAGGGGGCAUUGUGUUUCUGAAGAACACAUCUCUUGAUAUAAUUAUCAUUUCUUACCUGUUCUAAUUUCAUGAAGGCUAGUUUUCAUUAAAUACCAGUGGACUUAUGUCCAUACAUACAUGAUGAACUCUGGCUAUGAUCUCUUUGAUAAACCACAGGCCUUGGUUGUCAGUGAUGUCUGACUUGGUCAUUUUUGACUUUCUACAGUCCUCCCCCCCCCCACAAAAUCCAAGGGAAGUAACAAAGCUUUAAAGGGAGAUGAUGUCUUUACCUGCCAAAUGAUAAAUAGAAAUUUGUAUUUCAAAGUGGCGCAGUAGGGGGCAUUGUGUUUCUGACAAACACAUCUCUUGUUGGGUCACUAGGUCAAGGUCACUGUGACCUCUAAAAAACAAAAGUUCUGACAAGCUUUCGCAGCCGAGCGUGGCACCCGUUAUGCGGUGCUCUUGUUUGAAUAUUUGCUGUCAAUACUUCUAAUUUUGCAAAAAUAAAGUGCUGUAUAAUUAAAAUAUUGGGGUUAACGAUAUUGAUGGAAAAGGCAGUUGUCUAUGACAUUGUUAUCCUAUUUAUGAAAGUAUUUUAGAAAAUUUUAGUUUUCAAUAACAUUUUCUAUGGCUAAGUAUUCAACACUAAUAUUAUCUAGUAUACGCAAUCACCUUCAGUGUUAAAGCAACACUCUUUUCCCAUCUUAUAUCAUCCCCCAAUAUCAUACGAAACCGGUUAAUCAAUAGGAAUCAUAUUGAAUAUUGUUGGUCGUUUGUGUUUGCAUAGUAUAUAGAUGUGUUGUUUAACUGUUUUAUUUGAUUAGUGUCGUGUUGCUUGUUUUGCAUCACAUUGUUAGUUUUGGAUAAGUUUUUUUUAAGUUUUCAAAUAUUAAAUAUACAUGUAUUAUAUUAUGUAAUUUAAGUCAGUUAUACAAAUGCUUAAUACAGAGUUUAUUGAUGUCCAAAUCCUAUUACCCAGUGAAUCAGAAUAAGCGAUUGAUUAUGUUGAAUUGUGCUAAGCUCAGAAUCUGUAUCACUUAGGCAGGUUGGUAACAUUAAUCUUAAAAAAAAGAAAGUACAUACUCGUAUACAACUUUUACCCUGUUGGCUUUUUUAACUGCUUAUUUUGAUAACUGCCGACUUUUUCUAUCUGUUUAUUUCGAUAACUAUGGAGUUCACAACAGAUUAUUUAAGAUAGAAUAGACUUUUGCUUCUGUGUGUUUGUUCCCAGGUGUGUAUAAAUCGUAAGCUUGCUAAACAGAAUGUUUUAUUUUCCCUGCCUUUGAAUGUAAGUGUAUUGAUAUUUUGUACAUGAUAAAAUAAUGUAUGCUCUUUAAAAUAAAUCCAUGCCACACA